CAGGGUGACAGCGCAGCGCAGACCCUGACUGAGGACCGGACCGAGAGAGGGAGAGAGAGAGAGCGGCUGACCAGGAGCCUUCCAGCCGGGGAAAGGGACAACUGGACAUAAAAGCCGGGAGGAACCGUAAAUAAGCUCAAACGCAUUUUGUUUUGCGAACUGCAACUAAUUUAUUUUGCUCAGAUAUCGCUAAAGCUGUAGAAAUUUGUGGUGAGCGCGGCGAACUAUGAUUGUUUGUUUGUUUCAACUUUAUCCAGGCAACUUGAGUGUCUCUGCUCCCGAGGAUUAUCACGAGACCAUGUUACUAUAUCAGUUGAUUUUCAGCGCGGUUGCAAGACCCUAUUCACUUAAGUAAUUAGGUAACAGCACAAUAGCAACAUUCUGCUGAAGGUGUAGCUGUCCGGACUCACGACUCAACAUCUCAGAGGAACACUGAAACGUAACCAUGGCGCGUCUUCUCGGGAUACAAGAGCUCUCCUGAAGACCGUGCGCGAGCGCGUCGGAGAACGUUUAAGUAAGAUUUAUCCGCAUAAACUGAAGCACCUUUUGUGGCCGAGCCCCCUGAGAAGCAUCGCUGUAAAACGCCCGGACCAUGGCCGUCUCCUCACGGGACAGCUGCUUCUGGUUGCUCUGGAGACGGACCCUGCUCGCGCUGUGGCUGUGCACGGUGGGAGCGCGUGGAGCGGAAGAUGAAAGUGGCUUCAAUGCCGAGUCAUGGCUGAGGAUGUAUGGGUACCUACCCCAGGCCAACCGACAGAUGUCCACCAUGCAAUCAGCUCAGAUCCUGUUCAAUGCCGUCAGUGAUAUGCAACGCUUCUACGGUCUGGAGGUCACCGGUCAGAUGGACGCUCAAACCAUCAGUGCCAUGAAGAGACCCCGCUGCGGUGUGCCUGACAAGUUCGGAGGGCAGAUCAAAACCAACGUGCGUCGGAAGCGUUACGCGCUCACUGGACAUAAAUGGAGCAAGAGCCAUCUCACUUACAGCAUUCAGAACUACACUCCUAAAAUCGGAGAGUACAACUCAUACGAGGCCAUCCGACGGGCCUUUAGGGUCUGGGAGGGAGUCACCCCGCUGACCUUUGAUGAAAUUCCCUACCAGGAAAUCAAAUAUGGACGCAGGAAGGAGCCGGACAUUAUGAUUUUCUUUGCUUCGGGUUUUCAUGGAGACAGCUCUCCUUUUGAUGGAGAGGGUGGCUUUUUGGCUCACGCCUACUUCCCUGGACCUGGGAUGGGAGGGGACACACACUUUGAUGCUGACGAACCUUGGACCAUUGGGAACCACAAUGUGCAAGGUAAUGACCUGUUCCUGGUGGCGGUCCAUGAGCUGGGCCACACCCUGGGCUUGGAGCACUCAAGUAACCCCCUGGCUAUCAUGGCUCCCUUCUACCAGUGGAUGGAGACGGAUAACUUCCAGCUUCCCGACGACGACCGACAAGGCAUACAGCAGAUCUACGGUCAACUCAACGGCGUUCCCACUCAGGCGCUACCCACCGUGCCGGCUCGCCGUCCAGAACCCAGACCACCCCAGAAUCCCCCCCGGGGACCACCCCGGACCACCGACAGACCUGACCACUACGGGCCCAAUAUCUGCGAGGGGAACUUCGACACCGUAGCCAUGCUGCGCGGAGAGAUGUUCGUUUUUAAGGGUCGGUGGUUCUGGAGGGUGCGCAGGAACAGGGUCCUGGAUAACUACCCCAUGCCCAUUGGUCACUUCUGGAGGGGUCUGCCCGGCGACAUCGAUGCAGCCUACGAGAGACACGACGGUCGGUUCGUCUUCUUUAAAGGAAACAGAUUUUGGCUCUUCAGGGAGGCAAAUCUGGAACCAGGCUACCCUCUCGAUCUGGUUGAUUAUGGUCGAGAUAUUCCCUACGACCGGAUAGACACUGCAAUCUGGUGGGAACCGUCCGGCUACACUUACUUCUUUCAAGGAGACAGGUACUGGCGCUUUGACGAGACGUCACAGUCUGCUGACAGAGGCUACCCAAAGUCAAUCGAUGUCUGGGACUCUUCAGUGCCCUCUUCUCCGAAGGGGGCCUUCCUUAGUGAUGAUGGGGCAUACACCUUCUUCUAUAAGGGCUCCAAGUACUGGAAGUUUGAUAACCAGCGUAUGAAGAGCGAACCAGGCUAUCCCAAGUCCAUCCUGAGAGACUUCAUGGGCUGCAGUGUGGACCUGGAUCCCGACAGAGACACAGACUCCGGACGCAAAUACCCAGACCUAAACCGUCCACCGUUCAACCCAGACGCUGGCCGUGAUGCGGACAAGGGCAAAGGACGGGAUGGGACAGACCGCGAAGGCACAGACUCUGACAAAGGCAAAGGCUCGGACAAGGACAAGGACGAAGAUUAUAUUGAGGGUCGGGAAGAAGACACCAAUGAGGUAGACGUGGUACUGAAGGUGGAUGACAGUGAGGAACGAACCAUGAAUAUUUUGAUGGUGACCAUCCCUCUGGUCUUGGUGAUGUGCAUCCUCGGAUUGAUCUACGCCAUCAUCAACACGCUGCAGAGCAAAGGGACGCCACGGCUGCUAGUGCACUGCAAGCGCUCCCUUCAGGACUGGGUCUGACCCUUGGCUUGAGGAGGCUCUGAACUUUACAUACCUCCCCCUCCUCUCACCCAGAUCUCUUUCUGGUGAUCCAUCUGUGCUCAGUGGUUGCUGCAGCUCUUAGUAAAUGUGACACUAGAUCCAUGCUGAUCCAGUACUGAUAAAAACUACAAUCGAACAUACAUCAUGUCUUACAUUUAGAGACACUGAUACACCACCUUAACCACCUCCCUUCGCCCAUGGUGCUCUACAGUGCGUUGACUGUAAUCUAUUUAUGACAGAACUUUGCACAUUUUUUCUUUUCAUGUUGUUUUGGUUCCUUCUGUGUGAGACUUCAUGUUAUUAUUAGUUCAUAACCAGGAAAGCUGUUCUGCUCUCUGUCUUCUCUGCAAGGCCCUCCUCCUUCCCUUGAAUCUCAACGGGGCUUUCUGUUUGAGGAUAUCGUAACAUCUGCUUAUGUCAUCUCACAAAGGGUUAACAAACAGUGUAGACAGAGCACUGGGUUUGAAGCUUGGUUGAUAAUCAAUUCUGUCAUCACAUUUAGAUGCUUGUCUGCAGUGUAGUGUAUCAAAGACAUGCUGCUGGGUUUAACUGGAAAUGGUUAACACAGAUUCAGCAGAAAUCUUGGAAAUUUUUAUAUCUCGCGUGAGGCUUUGCUAAAACCCUCUGACUCAGGCAGUUACAAGACAGGUGUUUUCCAGGGUGGUUUUGGAUUUUUCUUACAUGAUUGAUGACUUCAGCCCCCCCUACCAACAAAAAAAAAAAAGUUCAGUCCUGCUCAUCUGCUCAACAGGGUUGUUGAAAUAACCAGGUUGACACUUUGGUGAAUCCAUGGCUUUCCUUUUUUUUCCCCUUUAGAACAGAAUCCACCGCGUUCAUGCUGACAGAUAUUUUAGAAUUCAGACAUCUUUGAGAAUCUUCAGCAGGAAACAUGGGCUCCAAAUUAAGACUUCUCGAAACCUCUCGUUUUGUUGUUGAAUUGAUGAGUGUUAUUAGUUCAUACAUAGUUUAUACAUCUGUGCUCUGGAAACCACAAUGGAAGAGCUGUGGGCUGCAUAACAUUUUAAAGGUCACGACUGGCAGGAAAUGGUGAACAGCGUCAAAGAAAACAGGAGCUAAAUUAAUUUUGGGCGAUUAAUUUAGCCGUAGCUGUCAUCCUUAGUUUUCAUGUAAUGCUGCCAUCGGUACCCCUCACCCCCACCUCAAAGUGAAUCAGAAAAGCUUCAUUGUGCCAGCAGUUAUCCUAACUUCCACAGGCCAUGUUAGGGUAGGGGCCAAUUUUAUUUGCCACAGAUCUAAAACACAACACAAAACAAACACGCUAAUGUCCAGAUACUAAAACUCUAAGUUUUAGUAUCUAAAACUAAAACUUAGUUUUAGAUACUAAGUUUUAGUAUCUAAAACUAAGGCUAAAACUCUAAUAUUUAUGUGGUCUUUUUGGAAAACACUGGCAUUCUUCUCCUUUUCUCAAAAGUGAUGAAUAAAUUACAGAUUUACAAUCUCAUCUAGAAAUCAUGACUUAAAAUAAGAUUCAGAUUGCAGUAAACGUUGAGUAUUAUCAAGCAAAGCUUAGCAUUCCUGCUUUAGCCGCUUCUCAGCUGGCUGGACCAUCUUUCUUCCCAUAUAUGGGAACAAAUAUAAAGACUUCUCUGUCCUACAGGAGAACCUGUUCCCUUUACAUUCAGGUCAGGCUUAUCCUCAGUCUGCCUCUUCUCUGUCAACAAUCAGGAAUUUCCUUUGUGCUGCACAUGAGGAGGAGUAUUCAUUAUCUGAGAGAACCUUAACCUUAAACCGUAGCAGAGCCCAGCUAAUGUUCCACACACUCCCAAACAUCCUGUCUGUCCAGCACAAUUCAAGAAUGAUGACCUGCAAUCUUGGUGUCAGAACAGUGGGGUAUCUGGACACACCAGGGUGGGCUCAUGUGACCACAGGCUAAUCCUCCCCAUGAAAAACAGCAGGUGUGCACAAAAUGCCGUUAACCCCCUGGACCUUUCCCUUAAAUCCUUAAGUUCCCUUGUAUCGGAAAGCUCCUUGCUCCUUUUUCAUCUUGCAAGAACAAAGGAUGAUGUCUUUCUAAAGCAAUCAUUGGAUCAGCCCUUAGGGCAAAUUAAACAUGUCAGUAAGUGUGCAAUUGCAUAUUUUUCCUCUGCACAGUUGUAGUGGAAUUAGAUUUUUAGAUAAAGUGAAUCUUUAUUCACACUUUGAAAGGACUGCUAACCAUAAAAACCUUCCAUAUGUUACAUUUUGUUUUGUCUCUUGACAUGGAAACUGACUUACUUGAAAAUGACUAAUUCAGGUUGUGAAUUGAACUUACAGUUUGGUGUUAGUAUCUCCACCGUCACAUUGUAGUUUAACGGUAAAUUGGAGUUGUGGUCCUCUGAAAUAAAUUGUUCCUUAUCAUUAUUCUGAUUUAGCAUCUAAAGGUGAGUCAAGCUGUUGGGUCAAGCUUGACCGCAAAUGAAGAAAGGCUUAUCUAUAAGGAAGAAGCAUGGGGACUGAUGGGUGGAGCUUUGGCGGGUUGCUCAGAUGUAAUUGGGGAGUGUCUGACUGUCCUACAGCUGAAACAAAGGAGGGGGGAGGGGCGGAGGGAAGGACGUUGACUUGGCUUCCCUCGGGCUACAAAGUGUAGAUCUCAGGAAUAAGGAGGGCUGGAUGAAAGAGGAGAAAAAGAAAGAGGGGCCAAUGGAGGCAGAUCUGUCUGAAAUUCUACCAGCAUCCUGGAAACUCAAUCACAAAGAGAUUUAUUCUAGAAGUCUCUCACUCACUGCUCAAGUAAAGCCACUUCCUGUAUACUGUUUGCACUGUUUCACAUUUUGUCACACUCACAAAUUUCCGUGUCUUUUUGGUAUUUGAUGUGACGGACCAUCACAAAGUAAAUCUGGAAAGGGCUGGAAAGUGAGGCAUGCUCCUGAUGUCGAUGCACAGAGGAACAACAUUUUGCUGCAGUUACAGCUUCAGGUCUUCUGAGGUUUGUCUCCACCAAGUUGGAAUCUCAAAGGGCUAAAAUGUUUGCGUAUCAACAACAAAAAAACAAUAUCACCUAAGUUUUAAAUCAUUUAGCAGUAAAUUAUCACAAAAUAUGUGGAUGUUUGUGGUUCCAGCACAAUAAAAUGUGCAAAGGUUGAAGAGGAAGGUAUAGCUUUGAGUCUGGCCGUUGACCCUGAGGCCCUCUGCAGUGUUAAGGUGAAGGCUUGUGUUGGUGGGACACCUCAACAAUUAACGGCUCACUCAGCCUGACAAGAAUCUGGAGAUUGAUCUAAGGCAAGUCAAUCCUGGUUGCUUCGAAACGGUGUCCUGUGUCCAUUUCUCAUCCCCCUCAUCAUUAAUAAGUUGUCAGAGGGAGUGGUUGGCGGACGCAGCUAAUCAGCGCUAAAAGCACCGUCCUCUCCUGUCCUCCCUUUCCAUUGGUCCAGCUGGGACAUCUGCGAGUACUCAGACAUCCCAGUGUCUGGACAGGCUCAGAAAGUGCACACUCACCGCAUUAGACACUAAGUAGCAGAUAGAGUUCAUCAAUCUGCCUUUCCUGUGACCUCCAAACAACCACUUUAAAGAGCAGAGAGCCAGCAGAAAGAUGACUGAGCCGAUGCGCCUCAGAGAUCUCCGCGCUCCGCCAGUUCCAGCAUCUUCUUGUUGUUCCGUCCCACUCAAUGUCUCUGGACACCAAGCGCGAGACGAGUAUUGAAAGAACUCUUGUCAGAGGUGAUUGAUGAGCGUGUUGAAGUGUUCAGUUAAUCAGCCCUACUCUCCAUCAGCAAGCUCUAUUUUCUGAUAGUAAAUCUCCCACCCCCUCUGCAUGCCCGGCCCCAGAAGCCCGGGGGAAUCAUCACAACAACAAUGGCCUGCUCUCUUCCUCUCCCCUCCCUCCAUUUUCUCUCCUUCGCCUUGGAUGCAUACUCGCACAAAAACAUUAUUGUCUCCCUCAACCCAAUCUCAGCCCACCUUCCCUUUAGGAAACCAGUCCAGCCUUUUUUUUUAGAUCAGCUGUGAGGGAAUUUGCUUAAACAAACACUACCUGUCAGCUCUGUUGCUUUCUUUAAGGCCCGGACCAGGAAGCAGGCGGUACACUCCUAGGGUCUCAGAUGCCAGUGUGGGGAAGACUCGGACAUGCUGAGCUUUCAUGUGUCUCAGGAUGUCUCUGUGUAAACACGGCAUGCUGAGCGUUCCUGGCUCAGCCCCGACGGCCCAGCUUUCAGCACAGAAAGCCUAACGCCUCCAAUUCCAUUCCACUGCUAUUUAGAAGGCAGCAAUUAGAGGCGGACCAAUCGGAGAUCUGUACCUGAUAUGCAGCUUCCGCUAUUUUUUUCUUUUUUUAAAAACGGUGGAUAUAUAUGUAGCCACUUCCAAGAAUAAGGGGCUUGUUGAGCCAACACCUCCCUUUGACGUCUCCUCUGAUGGCGUAAAAAUGGUCUGGAUACUUAAGAGUUCCACGUCUAGUUGUCCAAACAACUGUUAGCAUUGCAUUAGUAGCAGCUUCUGUGUGUUCCUUAGCAACUCUGAAACAUUUCCUUUGGUUCAUGCGGCUUUCAUUCACUAGAAUCUCAGCACGAGGAAGGAUGAUGAGAUAAGAGGACGACAUGCAGUACAUGGGUCAAGAGAACUGGACUGGACUCACACGACGCCUCAACGUUAACAGUAUUUCUGAAUUCAGCAUGUUUCACAACUUAGAGCGGUUCAAACAUCAAUCAGAUCAAAUGCAGCCAUGUCGCUUCAGUUCAUCCAGCUUUCCUGCCAGUCUGACUUUAUGCAGUGGCCUGAAUGAAGUGCAGACAUGUCUCAACGAGUCAAAAAUGUUCCUUUUAAUGGUCUUCAUUUGGUUUUUAUUGUUCCUCCAAUUUUAUUUCUGAACAUUUCGCUGAAGGUAAACAACUGACUCUCCGUCAGUGGCAACUUCCACGCCAAAGAGUGUUGUUUGUUGUUGGUGUGACCAGGUAGCACUGGUGUCCAGUGCAUCGAUUGGUCAUCAGCCGGUUUCUCCGUGCAGCUCUGUCUUUGCUGUCACACCUUCGCUGAAGACGGACGGACAGCAGAGGAUCUGAAGAACAUACUGCCUCACUUUUCAUUUAAGUCAGCUUUUGUAGUUUAGAUUGGUUGGGCCCCAGAGCACUGCAGUUUGCCCAGAUCCUCCUGUUUUCCCAGAAUGCCCCUCAGCUUGCUCACUGAGCCCAUCCACUUGGAAACCACUCAUUUUAAAUGGCCACUCCACUAACUCUCCAUGGGAAUGGAACAGAAAAGAAGGCUUCCAAAUGACUUUCAGAGCCUUGAGAGUGCAACAGAUGAGUGAUCAUCGUGCCUCUAAGGACAUUCAAGACUGGUCGGCAGGCGUCCUAAUAAAACUGCCUCUAUCCUCUAGUUGCAGCUACAGUAGAGACUGGCUUCACGCCGUUUGACUGUUUCUGUUAUUUUCUGUAAAAUAAAGAAUUUCAGUUUUGUCUCUGCCGGGGAUGAAAUGAUGUGGAAAAUGUGUUUUUAUUUCAUUGUUUAUAACAUUCCAAUGACUAUUUUGGAUGUUUUUUUUUGUUAGAUUUUUUUUUUUUUUACAUUUGUGUUGUGUUCAAUUCUAGUUUAGUGUGUUAACAAGCCAUGCUGGACAUGUACACAUUAAAAAGUGCUCUGAGAAAUGGAAGAAUGGUUUUCUAAGCUUUUUU